AUGAACGAGCUUUGGAGCUCGUCGCAGUGUGCUGAUGCAUCAGACGACUCCAUCCGCGAGGUGCCCGUCGCAUCGCCAGUGCCUCGUGCAAUAGGUACGCCAGCCAAGGUGCGGCGCCGACUCACGGAGCUGCAUGAUGUGGCGCAAUUGGGAUUCGGGGGCUGUGGAGGCAUGUACAACUACUUCCUGGGUGUGGCGUCCGUCCUGCAGGAGGAGUAUGACCUUCAAAGUGUGAUAUACUCCGGCGUAUCGGCUGGAUGCUUCCCGGCAUUGAUAAUGGCUCUAGGCAUGGAUGCGAAGGAGUUCUUCUUUAAAGAGAACGUCCCGCUGAUUGAAGAAGCGGCAGAAUGCUCCUACGCGGGGCUGGGCAAAUGGAUCCCCAUGGUCAAGCGCAACAUGCUGAAGGUGCUCCCAUCGGACGCGUAUAAGCACGCAGACAAGAAACUUUACUUCUCGGUCACUGAGGUGCCUGCGUUGCGCAACCACCUCUUUACGACUUGGACCAGCAACGAAGAAAUGGUGGACUGCAUGUUGUGCUCGGCCCAUGUGCCACUCUACACGACGUCGCUGGCGGCAUCAUACCGCGGAAAGCGCUUUGUCGACGGUGGCUUGACUAACAAUAACCCAGUGCCGCACCCGGAUGCACCGAGCAAGGUCUUUCAGAUCUGGAAGUGGCGCUGGUUUGCACCUACGUGGGUCCUUGUGACGACUAACUCCGAUUGGGCUGUCGAACUAUUCCGUAUGGGUCGUGAGGACGCUACCAAGAAUCUACACGAGGUAGAUGAAGUGUUCUUCUAG